AUGAGACCUGAAUUGGACACUUCGAUUAUUCCUGAAAAUACAGAUGAUCAAAAUAUUAAAAUAAGCACAGAUUAUUUAAUCAAAAAUGAACCCCUCGAAAAAUACCUUAAUUUUUAUUCAUCACAAAAUGAAUACCGUGAUAAGACAGGUGAUGGAAUAGGAAACAUAAAAUCGAGUAUCGAAAUUUCUAACGAUAGUAAUAUAGGAUCCAAUAUACUAAACACAAUCGAAUUUAAUGAUAUGAAUGAUGAUGAUUUAUAUAAUGAGUUGGAAAAAAACGAGAUUGAAAAUUUGGGUUCCCUCAAAAAUAUUAUGUACAAUGAUUAUUUUGGGGAUAUAACUCCACAUAAUAAAUAUAGUGAAGAAAUAAAUGAAUCAGAAAAUCCCCUGAAUUUAGAACAAAAAAUAGAAUUACGUAAUAAUAUGGAAUAUUACAAACGAAAUGAACCAAGAUAUGUCGAAAAAAACCGAGAUGACAUUUUAAUCACGUCAGAUAGGGAGUUAAUUCAGAGUAUUGCCAAAGAAGAUAAACAAAAUUUAUGGAGCAGUGAAAAGGCAUCAUUAUUUUUUAACAAAAAUCUUUUAAGAGGCCCUAACGAGAACACCAACAAAGGUAUUUCUACUCCUUCAAGUCUUCAAAAAGCUGAUAUAAUAAAAAAUGAGAAAAAUGAAAUAAGUUGUGCUGAAUAUAAUGAGUGUGCUUUAACACAUGAUUUUUUUGAAACUAUUGAAAAUUUAAAUACGAAAGUUUUCGAAAAAUAUAAUAAAUUAAAAGAGGUAUCAGAAAAUUUAAUAAAUGUUAUAAAUACAUCUGAUUUUGAAAAGAGAAUAAACAAUUUAUUAAAAUUAAGUGAUAGCAAUUCUGGGCUUAUUGAUCAGUUUAAAAAACAAAGUGAAGAGUGUAUUCGCAAAUGUAGCCAAUUUGAGACAACGUCAGAAAAUCUAAUGGGCGAAUGUAUCAACACAAUGGCCUAUAGCAGUAUUUGCUAUGGAGAAUGGAUGUGCUUACAUUCCUAUGAAAUUGAUUCGAUUUACAAAGAUUUAGACAACUUAAAAGAAUUUGUUCAGAUAAACUGA